CUUUACCAAGGGUUGAAAAGGAGGCGGGUUUCCCGAAAUAGAAAAGAAGGAAACUGUAGCUUUGGUUGGGAUUCAUUGAAGGGGAAAUAUAUGAUUUUUGGUUGCUCCUGGAUGGUUGGUGACCUCAUCGUAUGAAGUGUUAUCAGUUGGAUACGAAUUCAAUUAGGUUUUCCAGUUAUUUCUUUGGGAAUUUCCUUCUAGGUCAAUGUUUCCUGCCAUUUCUUCUCAUUGUAAGGAAUAGAGAAUUGACAUGCAGUAAGAAACAGAGACUCUGGCCCUAUUUUUUUUUUAUUCGAUUAGUGGAGCCUUUUAAUUUUAUUUGGUCGAUCGAAUUAUUCUGGCGUGAAAUGAGUUGCUUUUAAACUGUUCCUUCUCCAGAAAAUUUGAUGAGGGUUUUGUUUGGCAAGUUCCACUGCCCUUCUUUCAUUUGCUUUUGCAAACCUUCUCAUCUGCUCUCUCCUUCCCCAUUGAAAUUAGAAGAUACCCCACAUGUUCCUCCUCGUUUAUAUUCAGUUCCUGAUUCUGUGGGUCAGUUAUCUGGUGAGGGGCUUGAGGUAAAGAAUGAGAGCUUUGAUGGGAAUCAAGUUGAGAAUUUUCCAAAAAGCAGUCUUAAGAAGCCGUCUUCAGGACCAGGUGUUCCAAAAGAGAUUGGAAAGAAAAGAGUGCAGUGGAUGGAUUUCUUGGGGAAAGAACUAGUUGAGAUAGAGGAAUUUGAACCCAGUGAAUCAGAAGAUUCAGAUGAUGAUGGAGAGGGUAGUCGAGGCUGUGUUUGUGUUAUUCAGUGAACCUGCUUAUUCUGCUCAUCUCAGUACCCCUUUAGCUAUGGCAUGGACAGGAAGACAGCAACUCCAAUUCCCUUGGGCUCCAUGUUCAGGUCCUUAUAGUCUCCUUUGUGGUUUGUCUCUGAACAUGUGGCCUCAUGUUUAUGUUGGUGAACAUCAACCAAAUUGAGUUGCAGGAGUUGAGGUCAGAAGAAAAUAUUACCAUGGCUUUAAAAUGUUCGAAAGAAUGUAUUUCCAGUGCGUCAUGAUCUCCAGUGGCAUUCUCUUCGGGCAUGGGAUUUAUUUACAGAACUGCACUGAAUCCAGGUGCCAUUCCUUCCAUUGUUUUCUCAUCAAGAUCUGAAUCAGGAAUCUUGUUUGAGUUCAAGUUUAAUGCACAAUGCUUUCCUAUUCUGUUAAAG